UUGCCAUGAAGAUGAUCAGUGCAAGUGUGGUUGCUUUAGCUAUAGCAUCAACCCUCCUCAGCAUGUCGGUCCCUCUCGCGGCUCGUUUAAACAAGGAGUUCGUCGUCGGAGGCGACCAACACUGGCGAUUCGGGUACAAUUACAGUGACUGGGCUCUUCGAAACUUCCCUUUCAUCGACGAUGACAUACUCGUGUUCAAGUAUGAUCCUCCGAACGGCACCAACACCCCCUACAACGUCAUGAGCUUCGAUAACCCCGAUGACUACCUCUCGUGCAACGUGGGAAAGGCGAAGGUGCUGGCGAACGAAACGCAGGGCGCCGACGAGGGCUUCAAACACCGCCUCCCCAAUACGAAUAUCCAGUACUUCGCGAGCGGAAUCAACGACGGGUUCCAAUGCAAGAAAGGGAACAUGAAGUUCAGCGUGUGGCCGGCACCAUAUUAAUUCUUGAGCAUGACAUGAGAGAGAUGUGCGUACGUACGUGGUUGUAGUUGCGUUCCAUGCAUGCAAUCGUCGCGAAGAGGCA